CGCAACGAGCGUACGUGUCAAUCACUUCUCUUACGUUCUUGCCAUCGCAGUGUAAUUAACCGUAGUCGAAUCGCCGUAGAACUCAAAUCGAAAUUUGCCCAAAUUAAACAUUUUGUGCGUGCGCGUUGCCGUUUUUCGAGUGUAUUCAUUGGCAGUUCACAACAAUCGGUGAAUUAAUAACUGUGCGAAAAGUUCUUAAAGCAACUCUUGUCUGCCUCCCAAAGUUUUAAUUAGAAGUGCCAACGUGUCAUGCACCUCGCGAACUUAUAGCGAACGGUCUAAGCAAUACAAGAAGUACUUACAGCCAACUUGUUGUGAUUGCUUUGUCGAGUGACGUGAGUCGAGAGUGUCCAAGAGUGAGUUGCAAAUGAUGAUGAGCACAACGACAACAACACCACAUCCAAUAAUGCCACCAGCCAUGCGUCCAGUUCAAGAGAGUCCCGUGUCGCGACCCCGCGCCGUCUACAGCAUCGAUCAGAUCCUCGGCAAUCAGCAUCAAUCAAAACGCAGCGAUACUCCCAAUGAGGUGCUCAUCACGCACUCGCAUCACAUUCAUCACCUGCACGGCGGCAACAGCAGUUUGCUGCAACAUCAGCACCAACACCAACAGCAGCAGCAGCAGCAACAUCAACUUCAGCACCAGCAACAAUUGCAGCAACAACAGCAGCAGCAGCAGCAACAACAACAACUGGUGACCAAGCGUGAAGAUUCCCCCACGAAUACGGAUGGCGGCCUUGAUGUCGACAACGAUGAUGAGCUGUCGUCGAGUCUCAAUAAUGGACAUGAUCUGGGUGAUAUGGAGAGGCCGCGUAAAGUUCGUAGAUCGCGCACAACUUUUACAACAUUUCAAUUGCAUCAAUUGGAGCGCGCAUUCGAGAAGACACAAUAUCCCGAUGUGUUCACAAGGGAGGAUCUGGCCAUGCGGCUGGAUCUGAGUGAAGCACGCGUGCAGGUCUGGUUCCAGAAUAGACGCGCCAAAUGGCGUAAACGUGAGAAGUUUAUGAAUCAGGACAAGGCUGGAUACCUGCUGCCCGAUCAAGGUCUGCCAGAGUUUCCGCUGGGCAUUCCACUGCCGCCACACGCACUUCCGGGCCAUCCGGCAGCGCUUCCCGCCGAGUUUUGGCCACCGCACUUUGCGUUGCAUCAACACUUCAAUCCCGGCCUGUUGCCCCAGCAGCUGAUGCCACCGCACUACAAGUUGCCCAACUUCCAUACGCUGCUCUCCCAGUACAUGGGACUCAGCAAUUUGAAUGGCAUCUUUGGCGCUGGCGCCGCUGCCGCCGCCGCUGCUGCCAGCGGUUGUGGCUCAGCGGCAGCGGUGGCUGCUGCGGCAGCUGCCUCGGCGGGUUAUCCACAGAAUCUCUCGCUGCAUCCCGCUUCGUCUGCUCAAGUGAGCCCGCCCUGCAGCAACAGCAGUCCGCGGGAGAGUCCCAACUCGUUGGCGCCGCAUCCGCUGCACUCGACGCCGCACAGUUCGGCCACAACGCUGAUCUCUGGCGACUUGUCGCUCACCUCGACGGCAGCGCAAUCGCCGCGCAGCGCUGCCGGCGGCAGCAGCAACGCCUCCACGCCCGUCUCGGUGGUGACCAAGAGCGAAGACUGAAUCCCGGAGAGUGUCCAUCGAGUGGACACAAUGUGGUGAUACAAUGGACAAGGAAACCGAUUGUCUAUAUAGCGUAUUUAGAGUGCAGCUGCAGUAGUAGUAGACACACACACACACACAUUGCAAAUAAGUGACAUUUAAUUAAUAACCUAUAAUUAAUUAGAAUUGUAACAAUGCUGUAAAUGAACUAUGA